CGGCGGCAUUCGUUCCAGACUUGCUCCGCUUGAACAUUUCCACCUCUUGCACGUCCUAUCCUUUUCUUUUUCUUUUACCGAAAAAAAGUAGGACAUAGAUCAUCAUGGUCGGAGUGAAACGUCCAGUUGACGGCGCCGACGGGCGCAACGGCAAACGAACGAAGACGAAGACGGCCGUUCCGACGAAGAAGGACAAGUCUGCGUCGGUGAAGAAGGCCGUUUCGAAACCCGAGUCCAAGAAGGGCGACAAGUUCGGAAAGAAGGACAAGAAGGCCCCGGCUAAGAAGAAGGUCGAGGAGUCGGAAGACGAUGACGAGGAUGAUGAUGAAUUCGACCUGGAUGAUGUUUCGGAUUCCGAUAUCGACGGGGAGAGUGGAUUCCAGGACGACGAAGAUGUUGGUAUGGAGGAUGUGAAUGACGACGAGGAGGACGAGGACGAAGAUGAAGAUGAGGAGGAAAAGAACUCUGCAGAGCCUGCGAAGAAUGGCAACAACAACAACUCCCGCGAAUCGCACAUCAAGCAGAAGGCUCUCCAGCAAGAGCGUAAAGCCGCCCGACCCAACGCCGAUAUAAUUCUCCGUUCGAAGCAGCUGUGGGAGCGCCUGCGUCGCAAGUCGCACGUUCCGCUGGAGGAGAGAAAGAAGCUCAUCGCCGAGCUUUUCGGAAUCAUUACCGGACGGGUUAAGGACUUUGUGUUCAAGCACGACUCGGUCCGUGUUAUCCAGACCGCCCUGAAGUAUGCGAACACCGAGCAGCGCAAGCAGAUCGCCAAGGAGUUGAAGGGUCACUACAAUGAACUGGCACAGAGCCGAUAUGCCAAGUUCUUGGUCGGCAAGCUGAUCGUUCACGGCGAUAACGAGACCCGCGAUUUGAUCAUCCCCGAAUUCUAUGGCAACGUGAAGCGACUGAUUCGUCACCCCGAGGGAUCUUGGAUUCUUGACGAUAUUUACCGCAUGGUUGCGACACCGGAACAGAAGGCUGUCCUCCUUCGGGAGUGGUACGGAGCGGAAUUUGUGGUUUUCAGAGACGAGAAGAAGUCGCCCUCCGCCGAACUCUCCGAGAUCUUGAAGGAAUCGCCCGAGAAGAGAGCGCCCAUCAUGAACUACCUCCGCGAACUCAUCAACCAACUUAUCCAGAAGCAAAGUACUGGAUUCACAAUGCUGCACGACGCCAUGCUGCAGUACUUCUUGAACACGAAACCGGGCAGCUCGGAGGCCACCGAAUUCAUCGAGCUGCUCAAGGGCGACGAAGAGGGAGAUCUGGUGAAGAACCUGGCUUUCACCAAGUCCGGCUCGCGGUUGAUGUGUCUGGCCCUGGCUUACUCCAAUGCUAAGGACCGCAAACAACUCACCCGUUUCUACCGAGACACCAUCAAGAUCAUGGCGGGCGACCUCCACGCCCACAUGGUCCUUUUGGCUGCAUAUGAAGUGAUUGACGACACCAAGCUUACCGCUAAGCUGAUCUUCCCCGAGCUUCUGAAUCAGAGCGCAGAUGCCGAAACUCGCAUCGAGGAGCUGAUGUUCCAAGUGACCGAUUUGACAGCACGUAUUCCCGUUCUGUACCCGUUCGCAGGAGACCGAGUCAAGUGGCUUUUGCCCGACAUGGACCAAGAAGUCCUAAAGGAGAUUCGCGAGGUGCGCAAGGAAACGUCGAAGAAGGACCCGGAAGUUCGACGCCAGGAGCUGAUCAAGGCUGCGUCUCCCAACCUCCUCGAGCUCAUCGCUGCGCGCGCCGACGCGUUGCUCGAGACCAGCUUUGGCUGCCAAUUCAUCUCGGAGGUCCUGUUCGACGCCGACGGAGACAAGAGCGAGGCUCUGUCUGCCGUUGCCACCGCCGCCAAAUCCAGAGCCGACACCAAGGAUUCGCCGUUCGUCGGCCGGUUGUUGAAGUCUCUCGUCCAGGGUGGACGAUUCAACGCCGCCACGAAGGCCGUGGAGAAGGUGCAGCCGGCCCUGAACUUCCACGGGCUCCUGUAUGAGCAGAUCUCCGACGAGAUCAUGUCGUGGGCCACGGGCUCCAACACCUUCGUGGUGGUGGCUCUGGCGGAGUCGGACGAGUUCGAGAAGAAGGCCGAGUUGCUGAAGACGCUGAAGAAGAACAAGAAGGCCCUGCAGAAGGCCGUGGACUCCGGGAAGGAUAAUAAGAAGGCAGGACCUGCCAGCAGCGGUGCGAAGCUGCUGCUUGCGAAGAUCUAGUUCGUCUGAUAGAGGCUUGUAUUUGUAUGUUUUUGUAUGUGUGCAAGCUGAGGAUAUUCUUUAAUGCUGUUUGGAUCUCAAGGUUCUAGGGUUUGCAUCUUUCAUUUGUACAGGGUCUGAGAUAUUUUUUAGGACCGAGAAAGCUAUAAAAAG